UUCAUAUAUGUCAUGUGUGUAGAACACUAGAAUGAAUUUUGUUCACAAUUAAAAAUAAAAUAUACAAAUGAAAUUCAAUGCAUAAAUGAAAACACGCUGUGUUAAUUUACAAAGAUUUAAUAUAAUGAAUUAAUAUACUAUUAGGUAAAACCUAAUAAUAAGCAUACAGAUUUUUACAUUGUUAAAACAUUGUUAAAAAAUCAAUAAAAUGCCUACCAUAGCUAGCUCAUCUUUAACAUAUGAAAUUCUUAUGUAUUUAAACUCUUUUUAUUUUGGUAUGUUUGCUAUAUGCGAAUUGGGUAUGGGCUUCUUCAAAGCUGCGAAUCUACCUUCUGGCACAAGUACUACAUUUACAGAGUUUAUACUCUUAUUCUUCCUUAUAAUCACAGAAGGAUCCAGAAUUUACUUUGGAAGGAAAGGGAAUUUGACAGAACAUGGAUUACCAAUUCUUAUUGGAGUUAUUUUAACAGUACCCAGCUCCUUAGCGACAUUAUAUUUUUUAUUCUGGCAAAAUUAUGUACUCAAAUUAGAAGUAAUUCUUUGCAGCAUACAAUUGGUACUUUUAGCAUCUGAAUUAAUUAUUUCUAUUUCGUGUCUUAUAGCCAUCUAUAAACCUUCAUCUCCAGAAGAAUGAACAAUCAUAUUAAUAUUCAAGAAUUCAAUUACAUCGCAUGUAUGUUUCUGUAUAUUAAUAAAAGUGAGAGAAAGUCAAUUUAA